AUGUUCUGUGGCGGCGUUAUGCUCUUUGGGCUCGCGUUUUUCCUGCCUUCCAUCGUGCAAGGACUGGGCUACGGCCCCAUCAGAACUCAGUUGAUGACAGUCCCAUCAUUCGCCGUGGCGUUUGUCGUCACUCUGAUCCUCGCCUACUUCGCAGAUCGAUACCGCAAGAGGGGCGCGGCAGCCAUAUUGACCAUGCUGAUCGCCAGAGUUGGCGUCAUUAUGUUCUACAAAGGCCGCAACAUCGCCGUCCGCUAUACGGCGCUGUUCUUCAUUGUUACGGGCGCAUAUGCCAACGGACCUUGUCUCUUAGCACGGGUCCCUAACAACACGGCCACGCACGUCAGACGGGCGACCGCCAUUGCAACGGCGUUUAUGUUCACCAACUCAGUGGGGCAUUGUGAGCACUUUGAUCUUCCCGACCAGCGAUGCACCAUACUAUCCGUUCGCUUCUCGAUUCAUACUCUCCUUGGUCGUCAUUUCGCUUGUGGAGAUUAUGACAGAGAUGGCGAUACUAAAUUACUACAACAAGCGGAAGCAGGAUCCAGAAUAUCGGGACAAGUUGUUGCACGACGUGCAGCAUUUGAGCCUGGCAGAUCAGAGGGCUCGGCUGGGAGACGCACAUCCGAACUAUAA